GCUUCGGAUGUUUGCGUUUGCGUUUGCGUUUGCGUUUGGAGUCGGAGGCUGGAGGCCAUCUCAUGGUUGGAAGAUCAGGCUGGCGUUCACGGAGCAAGCGUGGUGAGGAUCAAGAGAUAUGGAGCAAUCCGCUAUCAUGUUUGAUUCACGUCACAUCUGUUGUAUGCAGGUUGCACAACAAUCACCGACUCCCAUGCAAACCCCCUUGUCUGCUCUAGAAGAGUUUGUGUUUGUACAAACCUCACUUCCCUUUCUCUCUGCCUCCAAACAAGCUGUCCCAUUGUCACCACACAUUCACUCCCCAAACACUCCCUUCCAUAUAAGCCACCUUGAAAAGGACUUCGCAUCUUCUCAAGACUUCGCUUCGCCCUACUACAUCGCCUUUCCUCACCACCUCCCAACAACCCAAUCUAAUAAUCAUCAACACAAACCAGCCCAAAAAAUGCCCAAACCCACCGCCGUCCUCAAACGCCUCAAAGCCCUCCUCCACCGCGGGCCCCCAGCUGACGUCCUGCGCACCCACAGAUCCCGACACCGACGCGCCCUCUCAGGAGACGAUCACGAGCUCUUGCCCCCCGAAGCCGUGACGGACGGCGAAGGAAGCGAUCAUCAGCUUACGAAGGUCCCAUCCCGUGAUCAUCAGCAUGGGCGGGAAAGGUCGCGAGAGGGUGGAAGUGAACGACAGCGACAACGAAGUCGACAUCGAAGUGGACGGGUUCUGGAGGCGGAGGUGCCGAAUCCGUUUGCUGAUCCUGCUUGUUCUGAGGGGACGUUGACGACGACGCAGAGUGGGGAGGAGGAUGUUAUCAGUCUUGCUGAGGCUGUGAGGGUACUUGAGCCGAGUGGAUGUCACGAGAGUUCGGAGCGGGUGAUGACGGGUGGAAGCGCUGGGGAGAAUGAGAGUCGUCGCUUGCUGGAGAAUGGGGCCGGGCCUGCGACUACUGGGGAUGGAGCAAGUGAUGAGUCUGAUGAAGAGGAGGGCAUGAAAGGGAGGAAAAUUGCGGAACUGAGGAAGAAGAUUGCGCGCUUGAACGAGAUGAUUUCGGAGUUUGGGGUGAAGAAGAGGAAUUGCAAGGCGGAGUUGCACAGGUUGAAGGCGGAUAUUGGGGAGUUGAGGAGGGAGUGUGCGGAGCUGAAGGAGGAGAUUGAUGAGGCGGGUCAUGAAGAUUGAUGUUGAUGCUUACCUGGCGACUUGUCAUCGUGAAAGAUAGGUGCGCUGAGAUGGGGGAACUCUUGCUUGAACACGCACGGCUGUCUUUCUCUCUUUUGGACGAUCAUUGUAUUAGCGUAGGUGUCAUAAGGGUGGGAUUGCGGAGAACUCGGAAUAAAGCAUAUGUACCGCCCACUUCUUCUUUCGCGUUGCUG